AUGCAUUGUCUGGAUUUAUCGUCUCGUAUCCGCGUCUCUCCACGCGGCACAGGCGGGGCGCCAGUCGACCACACAGUUCUCACGGCCUGCCUGUAUGCCUGCCCGCCUGUCCGCCUGUCCGCAUGUUCGCCUCACAUCUUUCCGCCAAGAAAGACGAUAAAAGGGGACUUGCUCACUUUUUCCCUUCUCGCCUCUUACCCGUGCUCCGGUGACGGGCUAGCCGGGCAAGGAUCGGCCUUUCGAGGCUUGGGUUACAGCGUCCAGACGGGCCGGCCCGAGGUGUAUAUUCAACCUGGUGCUUGUUGGUUAAUCAGUUAA